CGCAGCGGCGCGGUGCCCGCGGAUCGCCAUUGCGACGUGAUUGCCUGCUGAAGUUUCGUGUUUGUGCGUGAGAAUUUGUCCGGGGUUCACCGAAUUUUCUGGAUCGGCGGAUCGCCAGCUACGAGUUCUCUCGUUGGGGUCGCGUUUGUUAACACUGUGUCCGGUCAAAUCGUCACGAGUGUCAGUGCCACCAUGGACCUGAUGAGAGCCAUAGUCCUGGGUCGGGAAGCCAAGACUAUGGAGGAAGCGGGACGUGGCCGGGACGUGGCCAGUGAUGCAUCAAGUGCUUCCAGACAAACGAAAAGCUGGCAUCGAUCGCAGAGUAAUUUACUGCUGUGUCAAGGAAUAAUGAAGAGAGAAGCCGAGACCGGCGCUAUGACAGGUUCCGGGGGUCCGACGAGCCCCCACAAGCGUUAUCGACAGGGUGACGAUGAACUUCGUCUUCUGAUACCGAGUAAGGUAGCUGGUUCGAUAAUCGGCAAGGGUGGUCAGAACAUCACCAAACUCAGGAGUCAGUACAAAGCCUCAAUCAUUGUACCCGAUUGCCCCGGACCCGAACGGGUGCUCACCAUCAGCUCGGACCUGCCCACUGUUCUGCAGGUGUUGAACGAGGUCGUACCUAAUCUAGAAGAGACACGCUUUCAGAACGGUUCCCGUCAUGGCAGCGACGAGAUCGACGUGCGCAUGCUGGUGCACCAGAGCCAAGCGGGAUGCAUCAUCGGCAAAGGCGGCCUGAAGAUCAAGGAGCUGCGCGAGAAAACCGGCGCCAGGAUCAAGAUCUACUCCAACACCUGCCCCCGCAGCACGGACCGCCUCAUCAGCAUCUGCGGCAAACCAACGACGUGCAUCGAGUGCAUACGCGAAUUGAUCGCCACCAUUAAGACCUCACCGCUCAAGGGCGUGAACAACCCUUACGAUCCGCAUAACUUCGACGACUUCUACGCCGACGAUUACGGUGGCUACGGUAACGCAGAUGGCCAGAGCAAGGUCGGCGGCUUCGGAGGGCCCGGUGGCCGCGGCGGCGGCGGCGGCGGUGGCGGCGGCGGUGGCGGCGGCAGCGGCGGCGGGGGUGGAAUGCCACCGCGUCGUGACAACCGCGGGGGCGGCGGCGGCGGCGGCGGCAGUGGCGGCCUUGGAGACAUGAACCGCGGUUUUCCGCCACCUCGAGGCGGACCACGCGGCGGCGGUGGAGGUGGCGGCGGCGGCGGCGGCGGCGGCGCCGGAGGCGUUGGCGGAAUGUCCGGCGGCGGUCCGUCCGAUCGUGGAUACGGCGGUAACUCGCGCGGCGGUGGCGGCGGCGGCGGCAGCGGCGGUGGAGCCGGUGGAUACGGCGGCGGAAACCGCGGCGGGCCGCCACCGUAUGGCGGUGGGAAUUACAACGGUGAUGGAUGGGGAAUGCAAGGAGGCGCGCCCAACGGCCUAGGCGGCGGCAGCGGCGGUAACGCGGGGAUGGGCGGUCCACCGAUGGGUGGAAACAACCAAGGGAACCAGGGCAACAUGGGUGGAAACAAAACCAGCACUCAAGUCACCAUUCCUAAGGACCUGGCCGGGGCUAUAAUUGGCAAAGGUGGUGCGAGAAUCAGAAAAAUCAGGUCCGAUAGCGGUGCCGGAAUAACUAUCGACGAGCCACUGCCCGGCAGUAACGAUCGUAUCAUUACUAUCACCGGGAUACCCAGUCAGAUACAAAUGGCCCAGUACCUGCUGCAGCAGAGCGUUCACGAGAAUGCAGAUCAUUACUAAGACGUGGUGAAGGAUGCAUUCGGGGGGAGGGGGGAGCCAAAGAUGCGUUUUCAUAACGUUUUUUUUUUCUAGACAUAUUUUGUGGGCAAACAUAUAAUAAACGCUAAAAGCGGAACUGAAACUGAAGCACCACGAUGGUACAUGAUGUAUGCACCCGCAGAAACGAGCGCGUGCAUGCCCGCGUGCGUGCGCGAAGAGGAGGAGGACGACGACGAUGACGAUGACGGAUCUGUAUACGCACACAUCACACACGCGAGAAUCACCCUCUCCCGAGAAGAGUAUAAGACGCUUUUUUCGCGGUCGAUGCGAAUUAUGCACGCUGCGCGAGCAAGCGUGAUGUGGCGAGCUGAUAUAAUCAUCGACAUCUCUUCAAAGACAUGCCAGUCGUUCGCGAUCGUGUCUCGCGUGCCUAACUGAUGAUAAAUCUGAUAUGCAUCGACUGCGAACCGCUAAUGUUUUCGAUGUCGGCCUUUAUUUACUAGCAAUAGAAAAACUCUCUUUUGUGCAUCGUGUCCGAAUCACACAACACUGUCGAUGUGAUGAUGGUGGAGGGUCAGGGGGUUUCAAACUGGCGGACGACCGCGCCGUGUUCCCCGACGUUUAGCAUUCCCGAAGAAACGUAUUUGUCGUUUGAAAAAAAAUCCAAAGAGUGAUCCAUCUUUUUUACCGCAAUAGUGCACGCGCUAUUUUUUCUUUUCUUUCUUUUUUUUUCUUUUUUUUUUUUUUUUGCAAAGAGCCUCGUACGUGUUUUCUUCCUUCUUCUUCGUUUUUUCUUUCUUUCUUUUAGACUUUCUAUCUCUAUCUUUGCUCGUUCAUACGGUCUACGAUAUGUUCUCGCUGAAAUCGAAAACUCGCGUUGUGGAUCAAUGUGUUUUAAUUUCGGAGCUAUGCAGUGUGUGUGCCAACGAAACGAUCGAGACGUGCACGAGCCAAUUUGAAACCGCGAACACGCGCAGAGCGACUCUCCCGAGCAUCGAGGCCUGACAACGCACACUUCUUCCCGUUUGCGUUUGUUCUUUGAUAAGUUCUUUACAAAUUCUACUUUAUUCAACCUCACGAUCCCUUCUUUUUCUUUGGCCUUUUUCCUUUUAAGUAAGGGUAAACGCGCAUAUAGAAUGAGUGCAGGGGCGGACGAAAAGACCGCCGCGAGGAGGAAGAGGAGGAGGAGGAGGGAGGGAGAAAGUGAAAGUGAAAGUGAACGUGAAAGAGAGGGAGGGGGCAAAGAGUUUACUUAGACGAAUGUGUAGUAAGAAAAAGAGAAACCCGAAUUGUAUGAUGUACAUAAGACCAUUAUGACGCCCUUUCUUCCUUCCACAAUUGCCACGUACAACGUUUCUGCUGUUGCAUUAUUACAUUUUAUAUAGUGAUUAUUAUAUAUUCUUAGUUAUUAUUAUUAUUACUAUACGAUUACUGAUAGGAACAUAUUUUUUGCGUUUAUUAUAUCCCACCCGAAACCUGUACUAAUGAUGACUUCACCCCACAAGCGGACGCAUAAGCAGUGUUCUUAGUGUUAUGCGCGAUAAUGAGUUAAACGAAAAAGAAUACUUAGGAUUAACGAAGAAACAUAAGUUAGGGGGGCACCAUCGGCGAAGAGGGAACCGUUACUGUACGAUCGUCGAUUCAGAGGCGACGACGAAAAAGAAAAUGAGAGUGAGUGAGUGAGAGAGAGAGAGAGAGAGAGAGAGAGAGAGAGAGAGAGAGAGAGAGAGAGAGAGAGAGAGAGCAUAAAAAAAAGAAAGAAGCUGCAACGCAAUUGAAUCUGCAACGAAUUCCGUCGCAUUAGCAACGUAAAACUAUCUAACAUGUCAGUAGAUCGACGUUUGUCGCGUGAGCGAUCUGUUUUCUGAUAAGCGCGAAUGAGAAGCACAAUCUCCGAUUGGUUUUUUCCGAUUAUCUCUCGCCCUAUACAAUCGCUCUUCUGUAUUAUAUUGUACAGCCUUACUAAACGAGAAACCUGUAAGUGCGAGACCUGGUCAACUGAUGUAUAAAUUAGUCAGCCCUCAGACUAUAAAUGCUGCGCUACAAGGCAGCGAGGAAAAGAGAGAAAGAAAAACGCGCGAUUUUCACCGUGAUCGCCCUCGUCGAUGUGUACAAUCCUCAUUCCGAAAUCUCCGCUUAUAUAAAGAAACGACGCAAAGUACGAAACGACCGAAGUCUCGAGACAGUCGAACUCAGCAUACAAACGUGAUCUGUAAAUAUACAUAUAUUUCUACCGUGUAACCAUUCUGAGACACACGACACACAUAACACGUACAUACACACAUACCCCGGGUUGCUCGGUCGAUCGUGCUCUUCGACGAAUAGCGCCCAAUUUAGAUAAUUUUCCAAGUGCAAUUACCGCGAUUGUACUGAAAAAAGAAACAUUCUUCGGCGCGGCCGACCGAGCGAUCAUGAUCGAGAAGAACCGCCCGUCGGUAAAAGAAAAAGAAAAGAAGAAAAAGAAAAGAAAGAGCGAAGGAGCAGAAAAAAUGGGAAAAGAGAAAGAACAGCGAGUUUAAUUCUCGGGCGAGCGCUCGUGUGUCCGUCCGUCCGAGGAUUGAGUCAUCGAUGACAACAUAUAUAUAUAUAUAUAUAUAUAUAUAUAUAUAUAUAUACUGGGCUGUACUGUGAAAGCGCAUACAAACUUACGGUGGAUGAGAAAGAACGCGGUCGAUGUAUAAUGUGACGACCGCCCGUGUGUGUACUACGUGCCCUUUGUACUCACGUAUUCACCUCGAUCGCCGUUUCCAAUCCUUUUUCCUGCCACCGAUGGUCGGCCCCGAAGCUAAUUCGUAAAUUACCCUUUCCUCUCUCUCUCCUCCGAUCCCUAAACACAUACAUAUGUAUAGUCUGGUCAGUAACCGUCAGCUCCCCUUUACCGGGCUACACCCGGUCAUUUGUAAAGCAAAGGGCAUUUGUAAAGCAUCUUGAUCGCAGCAGCAGGGUGUCCGUUAACAGAGGCGCGUACCGACCGGUAGCAGGCAUGAUACUUGACAGUCUGUCGCACUUAGGAUCGUCGUCGUGCCGCGGGUUUACGUACGUGGGGCUUUACGAGCGCGAGUGCGAGGCUGAAAUUGUCGCACAGUGUUUGCCGAUGCUCAUGCACGACUCCUUCGCUUUUCACGCGUAGACCCACGCGGCGCGACGGCGGGCUUUGUAGAUCUUAGAGAUCUCCCACAUUCUCACAGGGCAAGAUUUCGAUCGACUGUUCGCGGAGGAGGAUCACGCGAUCGUCCGUGAGGCUCGCUGCGAGAUUUCUUUCUCUUUUUUACAAUCAUUGAUAUAUCUCUUUUUUUUUUUUUUUCCUUUGAAUCCGCUCCCCGCUUUCCUAUUAUUGUUCGAAUUGAAGUAUGAGAGGAUACACCAAACGUGGGAGAGAGCCUCUCACUGGCCUUUUAAUGCAGCGCGCGUAUCAUGUUACAUUAUACAUAUAUAUAUAUAUAUAUGUGUGUUUUUUUUUCUUUUUUGUAGUACUUUUAUUCCGAUUGUUCUUUCAAACUCUGCAACUCGCUCGGCGUCGAUCAAUGUAAUAAUUUCCACACAGACUGCAAGAAGAAGAAGAAAUGAUAACGAGACUAUCGAUCUGUGAACAGUCUUGCGAAAUCGCCUUGGCCCGGCGAAAAGUCCACGUGGGAGUCGCGGUUUCCCCCUUUAUUAA